AUGGGCGCUUCUUCAGCUGGACAAUGUUUGGCGUUCAAGGUUGGAAGCAACAAUCAAAAGACAAGAGUAUCUUAUCAACAACCCACACACGAAGAAGACUCGCAAGGGGAAGAGAGCAGAAUUGUGCCGCAGAACGCUCUCCGACAUACUCCAGUAGAGCGUGAGUAUGUCAACCAUCUCAAAUCGCUAUUGAUGUGCGUCUCUGAAACCCUUGCGCGUCGACCAUGGCCUCAUUUCGCGCGACGCGCAGAUGGAGAGUCUAACGCCGAAGGCAAGCGCGCCCGCAAAGAGAGAAAGGCACUACAAAGAGACGAAUAUCUUCUGAAUGGGUUCCGGAAGCGAAUCGAGAAGGGCUGGCCAAAGCCCGUCAAAGGUCUGACUUAUGGGUAUGCAGUUGCUUCAUCUACCGAGUGUGUUCAAUCCAUCGUGUCAAUUGUUGACAAGGCUUAUCUCCUGGAGGAAAGUCCUGUAGACAACGGUGAUCGCGGCAUAUCCGCCGAAUCACUUGAAAGUUUGGAGAACUGUCUCAAGAUCAGAGACAUCUACGAUCAAUGGCGAGCCACUGAUCCAUCUGACUUGGAAUGA